CUCAGUUCGCAUGAUCCGUAAUACAAUUCCAGUAUAAUGUAAAAAUGGUUUUAUCUUUUAUCGAAGUUUUGAUAAAUGAAUGCUUAUCUAUUGAUAAACUGGUGUAAAAAGGCGGUUUUAAAAGCAUCCAAAAUAUGGAGAUAAUUAGAAAUACUCUAAUGAUUCGGAUAAGUAAUUAUCCAGUGGAGUUAGGGGUAAAAGCAAUUGAGGGUCAAAGUUCACCACAGGUGACGUAAACAAACCAACACAUUAUUUUUAUUGUGACAUUUCCACCGGGCAUUUCCAUGUAGAAUAACAAUUUCCAAAACAAUGAAUAACAAAUACAGCUUACCUGUACUAGUGUGGCAUGGUUCAUGGUUAUAGUUUUGCAUUCAGAAUUACAUAAACGGCUGGAAAACACAACCAUGGGUUGAGAUCAACUGAUUGAGAUAGCAAAAUUGUAUUAUCUGUUGAAAUAGACUACAAGUAUCUUUUAAUAAAUCAAACUGCAACAUGAACUGAACUUAACCUGAUACACAUAUAUCAUGUAAGUCUGUACAUAAACUAUUCAUUUAUUUCAAUUGGAUGAUGGAACAACCAGCAGGUAGAAUAAUUAACUCUCAUUGCAUUUUGUCACAUGAUCAAUGGAUUGAACAUUGUACUUUUUCACAUAGCAAAAGGCAGAUUGCAACAUGUAGCUAUAACACAGUGACUAUAUGGGAUCUAAACUCCAAUGAUAAAGUAGCACAAUUAACUCACAAUGAAUGUAUUUGGAAAGCACAAUUCUCAAAGCAUGACAGCACAAUCUAUUGCACAUCCAGUGAAGGAAAUCUUUACAUAUGGAAAUGGAAAACAAUGAAGCUGAUCUCAAAAAACAAAAUCCACAGUGGCUGCGCUUUUGGUUGUGCCAUACAUCCAACAAAAAAUGUGAUUGCUACAUGUGGCUUUGACACACUAGUAAAAGUAAUCAAUAUGAAGUACAAAACACUUAAAAUAAAAAAUACACUUCAAGGGCAUAGAAAUGCUGUAGAACAUUUAGAAUUCUCACCUUGUGGUGAUAUCAUUGCAAGCUGUAGUAAAGAUAAAACAAUCCGUUUGUGGCAGAACUAUUUGAAAAAUAACAGCCAUAAAAUACUGAAAAAUCAUUCAAAAUGGGUUCUUUAUUGUAAAUUCUCAUCUACUGGGAGUUUCCUAGUCUCAUGCGGCUCAGAUAGGAUGGUAAUUGUCUGGGAUGUUGAAACUGGCACAAUCAUUGAAUGGUUGUGUGGGCACAGUAACAUUGUCUGGGGUUGUGCAUUCUUCAAAAUGAACAACAGAGAGCUUGUAGUAUCUUGUUCCAGUGAUAGAUCAGUCAGAAUAUGGGAGCCUAAAUUCGGGCAUGAGAUUUAUGCAAUUAAAGAAGUAGGAGCAAUAAAAGAUGGCACUGGUCAACUAUACGCAAUUGAUGUCAACUCAAGUGAAAAUACAAUAGCAGUUGGAAGUCACAAUGGCUCACUACAUAUCCUGACAAUUGACUCUAACAAUGUAUUAUUUAAAACAGAAAACUUCAGUUAAAAUGUAAAAAUAAUCUAGAAAAUAUAUUACAUGGAUAGCGAAUUGUAUUUCAGUCAAUAUAUUAAAAGUGUAUUAUGAGGUUAUAUAAUGGUUCUUUCUGUAUAU